AUGUACGUGUGGAAACGCGAUGGACGCAAGGAGCGCGUUCAGUUCGAUAAGAUCACAGCUCGUGUCUCGAGACUGUGUUAUGGCCUCGACACGGAACAUGUCGACGCCGCAGCAAUCACACAAAAAGUCAUCUCUGGUGUCUACCAAGGUGUUACAACAUUCGAGCUGGAUAAUCUGGCCGCGGAAACCGCAGCGUACAUGACGGUUACCCACCCAGACUAUGCCAUCCUUGCUGCACGUAUUGCAGUAUCCAACCUUCACAAACAGACCAAGAAACAAUUCUCCAGCGUCAUCUCCGACCUUUAUCACUACACAAAUCCUCGAAAUAAGAAGCUGUCGCCUAUGAUUAGCAAGGAAACCUACGAGACUGUCAUGAAGCAUGAGGCCGAGCUCAACUCCGCUAUUGUCUAUGACAGAGACUUCAACUACCAAUACUUCGGAUUCAAGACACUCGAGCGUUCAUACCUUCUUCGCCUCGACGGAGAAGUUGCGGAGCGUCCACAACACAUGAUCAUGCGUGUCGCCGUUGGAAUUCACGGAGAGGAUAUUGAGGCCGCCAUCGAGACAUACAACUUGAUGUCCAGCAAGUUCUUCACACACGCCUCUCCAACACUCUUUGCUGCCGGUACACCACAGGCACAGUUGUCUUCCUGCUUCCUCAUUGACAUGAAAGACGACAGUAUUGAUGGCAUUUACGACACACUCAAGACAUGUGCCAUGAUUUCCAAGAAUGCUGGUGGUAUUGGACUCAAUGUCCACAGAAUUCGUGCCACGGGAGCCUACAUCGCUGGCACAAACGGAAACUCCAAUGGCAUCGUUCCUAUGUUGAGAGUUUUUAACAAUACUGCCAGAUACGUCGACCAAGGUGGCAACAAGCGACCCGGUGCAUUUGCCAUCUACCUUGAGCCAUGGCAUGCCGAUGUUUUCGAGUACCUUGAUCUCCGAAAGAACCACGGAAAGGAAGAAGUUCGUGCUCGUGAUCUCUUCUACGCCCUUUGGAUCCCGGAUCUUUUCAUGAAGCGUGUUGAAAAGAACGGAGAUUGGACAUUGAUGUGCCCUAACGAGUGCCCUGGUCUGGCUGAUGUAUAUGGUGAUGAGUUCGAGGCUCUCUAUGAGCGUUACGAGAAGGAAGGCAUGGGCCGAAAGACCAUCAAGGCUCAAAAGCUCUGGUAUUCUAUCCUCGAAGCUCAAACCGAGACUGGAAACCCUUUCAUGCUCUACAAGGAUGCUUGCAACCGCAAGAGCAACCAGAAGAAUCUCGGUACCAUUCGAAGUUCAAACUUGUGCACAGAAAUUGUCGAGUACUCUUCCCCAGAUGAGGUUGCUUGCUGCAAUUUGGCUUCCAUGGCGCUCCCAACCUUCGUCGACAUCAACAACGGCACUUACGACUUUCAAAAGCUUCACGAUGUUUGCCAAGUUGUCGUCAAGAACUUGAACAAGAUCAUCGAAGUCAACUACUACCCAGUUCCAGAGGCUAAGAAAUCCAACUUCCGUCACAGACCCAUUGCUCUUGGUGUUCAAGGUCUUGCUGAUGUAUUCUUGGCUCUCCGUCUUCCUUUCGAGUCUCCUGAGGCCAAGCAUCUCAACAUUCAGAUUUUCGAGACCAUCUACCACGCUGCGUUGACCGCAUCUUGCAACUUGGCAAAGAAGCUUGGUACAUAUGAGACUUAUGAAGGUUCUCCAGUCUCCAAGGGUGAGCUCCAGUACGACAUGUGGGGAGUCACUCCAACAGACCUCUGGGACUGGGCUAGCUUGAAGCAAGAGAUCAAGCAACACGGUAUUCGCAACAGUUUACUUGUUGCUCCUAUGCCAACAGCCAGCACCAGUCAAAUUCUUGGCUUCAACGAAUGCUUCGAGCCAUACACGUCCAACAUUUAUUCCCGCCGUGUUCUCGCUGGUGAGUUCCAAGUUGUCAACCCAUGGCUCCUCAAGGAUCUUGUCGAUAUGGGGCUUUGGUCAGACAACAUGAAGAACAGAAUCAUCGCCGACGGCGGUUCCAUUCAAAAUAUUCCAAACAUUCCAGCUGAUAUCAAAGCUCUCUACAAAACUGUCUGGGAAAUCUCCCAACGCACAAUCGUCCAGAUGGCCGCUGAUCGUGGUGCCUUCAUUGAUCAAUCUCAAUCGAUGAACAUCCACAUGAAGGAUCCUACAAUGGGCAAGAUCACCAGUAUGCAUUUCGCUGGAUGGAAAUCUGGUCUCAAGACUGGAAUGUACUACCUCCGUACAAUGGCAGCUUCUGCGCCUAUUCAGUUCACUGUCGAUCAAGAGGCUCUCCUCGUUGCUGAUACCAACGUUGCACGGGAACGAACUUCCAAGAACAAGCGUAUGACAUCUACCAACUAUGCUACUGGACAAACAUCUUCUUCCGCCCCUCGCCCCAUGUACAUCAAGCAAGCUUCACAAGGCACUGCUCCCAAUGGGGUCUCAAACGGAGUUCCAACUCCUUCAGCAACUCCUCCACCUGCGUCCGAGAAUAAAAAGUUCAACCCAGCGGCUGUUCUUACAACACCAGCCUUCAAGGCAGAUGUUCCCGAAGGUGGUAGCCCCAAGUCUCUUGCUACCGAGCCAGCUUCUGCCCCACCUAAAGAGGAAGAGCUUCCAAGCGCCGCUGUCCCUGCAAAGAAACAGGACGAAGAUAAAGACGAGAGUGGAGAUCGUGAGCAGGAUAUUUACGCCGAUGCUGUGUUGCAAUGCAGCAUCGAGAACAGAGAAGAAUGUAUGAUGUGCAGUGGAUAG